AUGACGUCUCAGGGCUUUUUCGACAAUAAUCUCGCCCACAAUCAAUUGAAUUUACUUCCCUCGUGUCUUUUCUCUGCUCUCUCCGCUCCUUGUCUCGAGCCCAGAUCUCUCGGCCUUUCAACCUGUCAGAACGAGCCAACCAUGAAGCCGAUCAAGGACUGUAAGCGCUGCCUUGCAAAGGCAGCCAAAUGCUGGAAGAAGAAAGUGUGUUCGUUAUGCAGGAGAUCAAACCCAGACGUAAUAGUAACCUGCCCUUCCGAAUCCACCAACUCGGCCGAACGUCGCAUAACUUUCAACAACGAGAGCAACAAUCCUCGAGGGCAAUGCCAUGCACUCGCUUCAUCCCACGACUCCAGACAAAGCAACAAUCAACUCCCCUCCCGCUCUAGCUCCUCACAAUAUUCUGGCUCUACCAAAUGCGAAAACUCGCCCGAUCCAAGCUGCCGCUACCCAAUUCCAGAUCCCAGCAUUACUCUCCCAAGCCUGCCACUUCUCCGCCGCCUGAUCACCAGCUUCCACCUCACACCCCCAAACAGCUCGUCAAGAUCCUCCUUGAUCAAAGCAAGUUGCAUCCCUCAGCUCGACUGGACGCGGGCCGACUGUCGAGAUUGGAUAGCAGCUUUCAUUCAAGAGAUCUCAAACCUCUCGCCUGAAUGUUCGACGAAGAAAGCUCGUGGGCAGAUGGAGGCGGGAGACAGGAUAUACUAUACGCAUCCUGAGGUUUGGCUGCACCGCUGGCCGUAUCUGGGAGCAGACAUGUAUUUUUGGUUGCAUCAUUGUAGGAAUGAGGGGUUGGUGAAGGGUGUGAAGCCGGACAGCGGACACAUGUCUAGGUGUAGGUAUGAUAGGGAGGAGAGGCGGUGA